AAUUCGCCGCUGCCCUAGCUUUCUGCCGUCGUCUCCUUCCCAGCGACGAACACCCACGAAUACCUGCGCCUGAUCCGGCGCCGGAAACCUAGAUUCCACCACCCGAAUCCUCUCCCCGUCGCCGAUCUCCUCCGCGCUGUUCGAUCCGCCCGUUCCCUUGUCUACUCCCGACAAGAUCUGAGGCCUCCUCGCACCCAUGGAUCCGCGCGCCAGGUACCCUCCCGGAACCGGCAAUGGUCGCGGCGGAAACCCUAACUACUACGCUCGUGGCCCGCCGCUCUCGCAGCAGAACCACCACCAGCAGCAGCAGACGCCGGCGGCGCACCAGCAGCAGUACGUGCAGCGCCAGCCGCAGCAGCAACACCAAAAUCACCACCACCACCACCAACAGCAGCAGCAACAGCAGCAGCAGCAGCAGCAGUGGAUGCGGCGAAACCAGAUCGCCGCGAGCGAAGCGGGCGCGCCCGGGACCAGCGGGCCCAAGGCUGUGGCGCCAUCCCCGGCGGCGGUCGGCAACGAUUCUAGUUCGCAAGAUUGGAAGGCCCAACUGAAGCUUCCACCCGCAGAUACACGAUUCAGGACGGAGGAUGUUACUGCCACCAAAGGAAAUGAGUUUGAAGACUAUUUUCUCAAGCGUGAACUCUUGAUGGGAAUAUAUGAGAAAGGAUUUGAAAAACCCUCUCCUAUCCAAGAAGAAAGCAUUCCUAUUGCAUUAACUGGAAGUGACAUUCUUGCUAGAGCAAAAAAUGGAACUGGCAAGACUGCUGCAUUCUGUAUUCCUGCACUUGAAAAGAUUGAUCAAGACAAAAACGCUAUUCAAGUUGUUAUAGUUGUUCCCACACGGGAAUUGGCUCUACAGACGUCACAAGUUUGUAAAGAGCUUGGUAAGCACCUGAAGAUCCAAGUUAUGGUCACCACUGGUGGAACUAGCCUGAGGGAUGAUAUUGUUCGUCUACAUCAACCUGUCCAUUUACUUGUUGGAACGCCUGGGCGUAUUUUGGAUCUUACGAAGAAAGGUGUUUGCAUUUUAAAGGACUGUUCAAUGCUUGUUAUGGACGAGGCCGACAAGCUUCUCUCUCCUGAAUUUCAACCUUCCAUAGAGCAGUUGAUCCGUUACCUUCCUGCAAGUCGACAGAUUUUAAUGUUUUCAGCAACAUUCCCUGUGACUGUCAAGGAGUUCAAGGACAAAUAUCUGCCUAAACCUUAUGUCAUUAACCUCAUGGAUGAACUUACACUGAAGGGAAUUACACAGUUUUAUGCUUUCGUAGAAGAAAGACAGAAAGUUCAUUGUCUUAACACCCUAUUCUCCAAGCUUCAAAUAAAUCAGUCAAUAAUAUUCUGCAACUCUGUGAAUCGUGUUGAGUUAUUAGCCAAAAAGAUAACGGAGCUUGGUUACUCUUGCUUCUACAUCCAUGCAAAAAUGCUGCAGGAUCACCGUAACAGAGUUUUCCAUGACUUCCGUAAUGGGGCAUGCAGGAACCUUGUAUGUACAGAUCUUUUCACAAGGGGGAUAGAUAUUCAAGCUGUUAAUGUUGUUAUCAAUUUUGAUUUCCCCAAGAGCUCUGAAACAUAUCUCCACAGGGUCGGUAGAUCUGGAAGAUUUGGUCACCUUGGUUUGGCUGUGAAUUUGAUCACCUACGAGGACCGGUUUAACUUGUAUAGGAUUGAGCAGGAGCUUGGGACUGAGAUAAAGCCAAUUCCCCCUCAGAUAGACCAGGCCAUAUAUUGCCAAUGAUAGGAUACUUUCUUCACAUGUAUUCACUUUCUCUGAGAGUAAUAAGAAGACAACUCUUGUACAUACCAUCUCAUCACCUAGCAGGUUUUAAUGUGGGCCACCUGUGGUGUAUGGGAACAUUAUUGUGGAUCAUGUGUGAGACAAGACAUCCAGCUUGGCAAAUUCUGAUGGACCUCGUUAUGCUAACAUUAGUGUGGUUAACAAGGGGCAAACGCCCUGUUACUCUCAGGCGCACAGCGGUUGUACAUUGCUAGGUGCCUGUUCCUGGGCUAGCCGUGGCCUUUUAGUUCUUUCAAUCAUAGUUCCCGUCUUUCCUUGGUGGUGUCAUUAGCUAUCUCUGACAGGACAUUUUAACCCUGUUACUUACUGGUUGUGUGUCUGCGUUGUUGGUGCACGCAAGUGGGUACCUCAAGACUCAAGUCCCAGCUUGGCCGUGUGUUGUUGACUUGUCAAUCAGAAGUGGGUCGUCCAACUUGAGCUCUGAACUGUCAAUGCCUUGUGGCUGCUAGGAGCCUAGGGCCUUCAGCUAUUGGUCGUGAACUGGAACAUUAGUCUGUCAAUAAUGUGCAGUGAGCUGCAUUUUGCUAUGCAGUCCUGCUCUUGCAUCAUGCAUAGCAGUGGCCUUGGGCCGUCUGAUUGUGGCUGUGAACUGGAUAUUGGCUGGUCAAUAAUGUGCAGUGAACUGCAUUGUGCUAUGCAGUCUUGCAAUUGCAUCAUGCAUGACUAGGCAGUGUGCCUGUAUGUCAUGAUACUCAAAUUCUGCAUUAUCUUUCCAAGUUGACAAUGUAUUUGUGCAAUAAAAGAGCAUAUCUGCUGAUACCUGUUCUGGAAAAUGAUGUCAUUUUGAAUUGUGAACACUCAUUUUCUUGGUUCAUCCUGUGCAACGUUACAUCUAUGAUGAAACAAAACAAUUUGCAAAUAGUA